AUGUCCGAACUUCUAACGUAUCUACAUGGCUCGGAACUAGUCGCGGGCUUUCAGAGGGCUUGUGGUCUAUUCCCCAAGGAAGCAACCUACCAAACCUCCACUCCCGACCACCUGCGUGAGAAUGGCUCAGUUCUUACUCGUGACUCAGACGGUUCUGACUACAGGCAGCGCCACAACGCGCAACUACAGAAUGGAACGAUUAGCGCUCAGGAUAAUAACUUCAACUACAAAUACAAAGUCAAUGGGUGCAAUGGAUGCGGCGUUAAACACACAGAGCCGGCACAAUAUGUGGUGAGGAACCAGCUUUUCUACUUCCUGUUCCUGGUCUCGGCAGCUCUGGGAAGUGAAGUCUUUUAUAUCUCUUUCCUGCCCUGUAUCCACUGGAACCUGGACCCCUUCUUAUGCCGACGUCUGGUCAAUGUGUGGGCUGUGGUUAUGUAUAUUGGGCAGGUAAUGAAGGAUGUCCUGAAGCUGCCUCGCCCAUUAGCUCCCCCGGUGGUGAAACUGGAGAAGCGCGUGGAUGCAGAGUAUGGAAUGCCAUCCACACAUGCCAUGGCAGCGACAGCUAUAGCAUUCACUCUGCUCCUCAGCGCACAGGAAAGAGUACAGUUUCAGUUUGAGGUGGGUUUGGUCCUUGCCGUGGUUGUGUCUGCAUUAGUGGGCUUGAGUCGACUAUAUACGGGAAUGCACUCUGCACUGGAUGUUAUUUGUGGUUUUCUCAUCUCUGGUCUUCUCGUGGGGAUGUCUUACCCUUUCUGGACUACUUUUGAUGACUUGCAGCUGAACAGUCUGUUCUCCCCUGUGAUAGCAGUGGUACUUCCCUUGUUCCUGUGUUACACAUACCCUGAGCUGGACCAUUACAGCACUACGCGGGGGGAUACCACCAUCAUUUUAGGAGUCAGUGCGGGCUGCUCAGUGGGCUACUGGGUGAACCAGCGCCUGGGUCAGACUUUUGAACCGAAAGGGCCGCUACCUGUUGCCCUCCCACCUUUGACCUCUGCAGGCCUCUUGAGGGGAGUGGCCAGGUUCGUGGUGGGUCUGGGCAUGCUCGUUUUGACACGACAGACGAUACGGUGGGCGAGCCUACGGAUUGUUUGUUGGGCGCGCGGAGAAUCGCCGAGCGACGUCAACGCUCGCAGGAAGAAAGACAUCGAAGUGCCGUACAAAUUCAGCACGUACACGGCGAUCGGACUGGUCAACAGCAUACUGGUUAACAGAGUCUUUCUCCUACUGCAGCUUCUGUGA